AUGAGUAUCAACGGCCGGUCCGGCCUCAACUCAGGCAUCUGUAUUUUGCCAUUCACGCUGACCAUUGCUUUUGGAUCGGGCUUAACGGGCGGGCUUACUGCGCGAGGCCGCAUCCCGCCCAUCGUGGUAUUACUCGUCGCCACUACUCUGCAAGUCUUAGGAAUUGGUCUUCUUUACUCAGUUCCUGUCAACGCGCAUCUCCCCGCCCGUAUAUACGGAUAUCAAAUACUAGCUGGACUGGGCACCGGCCUCAGUCUGACGACCCUUUUGAAUAUUGUGCCAUUUUUAGUGGAGGGAAGUGCUUUAGCCGUUGCUCUGGGCGGAGUCACCCAACUGCGCAUCUUAGGCGGCGCGGUGGGAGUCUCCAUCGCGACAAAUUUAUUAAACAACACCGCCCGAACCAUACUAGCAACACAAUUGCCUUUGGACUCAAUUACUCGCAUCCUCCACGAUCUCUCGUCGGUAACGACCCUGCCAUCGGCCGAUCAGGCGAUUGUGCGUGCGGCAUUUGCAGAGGGAUAUCAUAAGCAGCUAGCGAUGAUGCUGGGAUUCUGCGCAGCUGAGAUCAUUGCUUUGGUGCUGAUGUGGGAGUGGCCGAUGCGGCGGUUAGCGUAG